AAUCCACUUCUCCACCCUCGUUACUGCAGGCAGAUGCAUCCCAGGGAUAAGACGCUGAGACAUGGCUGAGAAGAAAAGCAAGAGAGAUUCUAUUGGAAUGAGGAUGGAGAGCUGCCACACAAACAAUGGGUUUGUCCAAAAUGAAGACAUUCUGGAAAAGGACCUGGAUCCAGGCAGCCCGGCAGACUGCCCACAGCACAGCAUCGUGGGCAUGGCUGGCCCUGAGGAGCCUGACUUAACGAAUAUCCAGCCCUAUGCAGGGAUGCCCAAGGAGGUGCUGUUUCAGUUCUCUAGCCAGGCCCGAUACCGGGUGCCCCGAGAGGUCCUCUUCUGGCUCACUGUGGCUUCUAUGCUGGCACUCACUGCAGCCACCAUAGCCAUCAUCGCUAUCUCUCCAAAAUGCCUCGACUGGUGGCAGGCAGGACCCAUGUACCAGAUCUACCCACGAUCUUUCAAGGACAGCAACAAGGACGGCAACGGAGAUCUAAAAGGUAUUCAAGAUAAACUGGACUAUAUCAAAAAUUUAAAUAUAAAAACUGUUUGGAUUACUUCAUUUUAUAAAUCAUCCCUUAAAGAUUUCCGGCAUGGUGUUGAAGAUUUCCGAGAAAUCGACCCCAUUUUUGGAACAAUGAAAGACUUUGAGGACUUGCUUGCAGCCAUACAUGAUAAAGGUUUAAAAUUAAUAAUGGAUUUCAUACCAAACCACACCAGUGAUAAACAUGCUUGGUUUCAACUGAGUCGUAACCGGACGGGGAAAUACACUGAUUAUUAUAUCUGGCAUAACUGUUCCCAUGUGAAUGGCAUAACCACGCCACCCAACAACUGGUUAAGUGUAUAUGGAAAUUCCAGUUGGCACUUUGAUGAAGUACGAAACCAAUGUUAUUUUCACCAGUUUACAAAAGAGCAACCAGAUUUAAAUUUCCGCAAUUCUGAUGUUCAAGAAGAAAUAAAAGAAAUUAUACAGUUCUGGCUUGAAAAGGGUGUCGAUGGCUUCAGUUUUGAGGCCGUUAAAUUCCUUCUAGAAGCAAAACAUCUGAGAGACGAGGCCCAAGUGAAUAAGACCCAAAUCCCGGACACAGUCACACAGUACUCGGAGCUGUACCACGACCUUACCACCACGCAGGUGGGGAUGCACGACAUCGUCCGGAGCUUCCGGCAGACAAUGGACCAACACAGCACGGAGCCUGGGAGAUACAGGUUCAUGGGGACCGAAGCCUAUGGGGACAGCAUUGACAACACCAUGAUAUACUACGGGUUGUCUUUCAUCCAAGAAGCAGACUUUCCCUUCAACGAUUACCUCACUAGGCUUGACAGUCCCUCGGGGAACAGUGUGUUUGAGACCAUCACAUCCUGGAUGGAGCACAUGCCGGAAGGGAAGUGGCCCAACUGGAUGACCGGUGGCCCAGACAGAGCCCGGCUGAUUUCUCGUCUGGGGAAAGAGUACGUCAACGCCAUGAACAUGCUGGUUUUGACCCUUCCCGGAACCCCCAUCACUUACUACGGAGAAGAAAUAGGAAUGGGGGAUAUUUUAGCAACAAAUCUCAACGAAAGCUAUGAUGUUACCACUCUUCUCUCCAAGUCGCCAAUGCAGUGGGACAAUAGCUCCAAUGCUGGCUUCUCUGAAGGCAGCCACAGCUGGCUGCCCACCGGCUCCGACUACGGCACCGUGAAUGUUGAUGUCCAACAGACUCAGCCCGGAUCAGCACUGACGUUCUAUCAAGAGUUAAGUCUCCUUCGUGCCAAUGAGCUGCUCCUCAGCAGGGGCUGGUUCUGCUACCUGAGCACCGACAGCCACUUCGUCGUGUACACCAGAGAGAUGGACGGCAUCGACAGGGUCUUUCUCGUGGUUCUGAAUUUUGGAGAAUCAUCCCAGCUAAACCUGAAGGACAUGAUUUCAAAUAUUCCCUCGAAAGUGAGCAUAAGGUUAAGUACCAAUUCCACCAACACAGGAAGGGAAGUCGAUACCAGUGCUGUCACGGCGGACAAGGGAGAAGGCCUCAUCCUUGAAUAUAGCGCAACGGGCCUCCUCCACCACCAGCCGGGCAGCAGAGACAGAUGCUUCGUCUCCAGCCGGGCGUGCUACUCCAGUGCGCUCAACAUCCUGUACCGCUCGUGUUAG